CCGGCGCACCUCUCGCCCGCGCUCUCUCGCCGGAGUGGGAGUUGUCCUGGCGCUUGCGACCACCGCUAUCAUCUUUGGGAAAUACCUGCAGGAACGCCCAUUAGCACCCUUCGCCGCAUCGGACACGCAAACGAACGAGUGCCUAAUCGACUGACGGCGCAUUUCGACGCCGGAUUACUCCAUGGUGGGUUUCGGCAAAGCGCGUUUCCACUGGCUCCACUGAGUGGCGGCGACGGCGUCUUUUGUCCCUUCUCUGCAAUACGAUCCCUGCUGCACGCGGAGUGCGACUAGUUCGAAGGAUAAACUGAUAAAUCAUGGGCAACAUACAGACUGUUGGCCCCAACGAGGCCCUCAUAGUGUCCGGUGGAUGCUGUGGGAAUGCUGGCAAAAAGAUGGUCGUUGGUGGUUGGGCUUGGGCAUGGUGGCUGGUCACAGAUGUACAAAGGUUGUCGCUGGAAGUGAUGACACUGACGCCCCGUUGUGAACAUGUGGAGACGUCGCAAGGUGUGCCAUUGACUGUGACCGGAGUGGCACAGUGCAAGGUGAUGACGGAGAAGGAGUUCCUGUCAACAGCGGCCGAGCAGUUUCUGGGCAAGGACGUUGACCACAUCAAGGGAGUUAUCCUGCAGACCCUCGAAGGACAUCUGCGUGCAAUCUUGGGCACGCUCACAGUGGAAGAGGUGUACCGGGACAGAGACCAAUUCGCCUCACUCGUUCGGGAGGUUGCUGCACCAGACAUUGGGCGCAUGGGCAUCGAGAUUCUCAGCUUCACCAUCAAGGAUGUCUUUGACCGGGUCGAGUACCUCACCUCGCUGGGACGCGCCCGCACUGCGGCCGUCAAGCGAGAUGCCGACAUUGGUGUGGCCCAGGCUGAGCGGGACGCUGGCAUUAGGGAGGCGGAAUGUGAAAAGUCUGCCAUGGAUGUCAAGUAUGGGGCCAACACCAAAAUUGAGGACUCAAACCGGAUGUACUCAUUGCAGAAGGCCAAUUUUGACGGUGAAGUCAAUGCACGGAAAGCGGAGGCGCAGUUAGCAUAUGAGCUUCAGGCAGCCAAGAUGAAGCAGAGGAUUCGUAACGAGGAAAUCGAGAUCGACGUUGUGGAGCGGCGCAAGCAGAUCACCGUUGAGGAGAAGGAGAUAUUGCGUCGAGAAAAGGAGCUCACUGCCACUGUCCGGUUGCCUGCCGAGGCUGAAGCCUAUCGUGUGGAAAUGAUAGCCCAAGGAAAGAGAACGCAGACAGUGGAUGUGGCCCGUGCCGAGGCAGAACGGAUCAAGAUGAUUGGUGCCGCGGAAGGGUACGCUAUUGAAGCCGUGGGAAAGGCUGAUGCGGAGCGGAUGCGUAUGAAGGCUGUUGCGUACAAGCAGUUCGGAGAUGCUGCCAUCCUCAGUCUUGUGCUGGACACCUUACCAAAGAUUGCAGCAGAAGUGUCAGCACCAUUGGCGAAGACUGAAGAGAUUGUGAUGACCAGUGGAGAAGACCGCACCACUGCCGAGGUGACCAAGCUGGUCAGCCAGAUACCUCCCACCGUCCAAGCCUUGACGGGCGUAGACCUCGCCAAGAUGAUGUCUAAGAUACCUGGAAUGGCGAAAUAACCUCUCGGGGUGCAAGAAGAGGCAGGAAAGGAACAAAGGGUGCCGGAACACAACGGAAGUUUGGGGGUUCCCUACUGUAGCAUCAUCUGUCGCAGUGUGUCUGUGUGUGUGCAUGUGUGUAUGUGUGUGUGUGCACACGUGUGCUUGCUGUGUUGCUUCAUUAGCUUUGCCCCCUCUUUGAGGGUGACCCAGCUAGUCAGGCUCCCCCCCCACCACGGUCAGACGACGCUUACUAUAAAUCAGAGGGAGCCAAGGCAGGGGGAAGGCUAGGUGCGCAUAAUAUACACUUCUAUUUUGGACAGUAAAAAUGGAGAGUGCGAAGAAAGAAAAAUGACAUGCUGCACUCCCUGCGGGCAAUUUGCCUGAAGCUGCAGCAAACCAGAGAGAAAAAAACCGUCUAGUGCCUCCAAACUUUUUGAUUGGAAGAAAUCUUUGCCCAAUCUUGUGCGUGGCUGCAGCAUGCGCACAUAAUGUGUCCGAGCAGAUGCGGAAUGUCAUUGGAGACUGUUUCAUUUUGUUCUCUAUUUUGAAGCUUUACAUUAUCAUUGUUUUUUUUUAUUUUUUUAUUUCGUUUCGGAAAUAGCAUUCUCGACUCUGUGUUUCAGGAUGUUCUCAGCUUUUUAUCUUUGUUCUACUAACUCUGCUGUGCAGUUGUACAUGCUUAUUGGAGAACAGCCACAAGCUGUCUAUGCAAGCCUGCGCAAUAUUCUUUUCAAUAAGUUGCAUGUUGAAGAAAGGGUCACGUUUAUGUUUUAGCACUUCGUGUGGCACUGUUGAUAUCUGACGUGCAGUGUUCAUGCAACAUAGCCACAGUUUCGUCAUUGAGAAGUGUUGCAUCUUCCCACGUUCAGUCAGGCCAAUAAUUUGCAUUGAUAUGUGCUCGUGUGUAAAACAAAGUGGCAAAUUGACUCUGUGCCAUGUACUGCAGCGACGCACACCCUUGUAGCGCUAGACUUUUCGUUCAUAGCUGUGUCGUCUACGAACUGUAUGCAAUCAUUAGAACACAGAUGUUCCUUUCAAGGUAAUGAUGCGAGGUUGUUGUGGCAACUUUGACGCUAAUGUUAGUCGAGACUGACAAUGAGCAUGUUCAUCGAAAGCAUACAGCCAUUAUUCCAAUAUAGGCAGUUGAGAUACCACACCAGCCAAUCUCAACUUAUGAAGGUCGUGUUGCUUGGACUGGUUAGCGAUAAGCUGUAUUUUUAAAGGUAAGUGUUGGUAAUUCGUCUAUGUGAAAUGAUUGCCCGCUCCAAACCUUUUACUUGAGUACAGGAAGUAUGUGCGAGUAACAUGUGAACAAUUUUAGUCGCUUCUUUCUUUAUUGCAAAGAUACCUAGCAACUAAAAUGCAAUACUCUCGAGAGCAGCACCAUGUCAAGGGUCAUUUGUUAUUGCUAACGAGAGCAUUGUCCCAGCUUUUAUUGGCAAUGGCAACUCUUUUUAAGCCAUGAAGACAAUUGUCACAACGAAGUGAAGGCUUUUAAUCCUAGCUUUGCAUCAUUCUUUUGAAUACAAUAGAUUUGUAGAUAUGAUCUGUGUUAUUAUUUGUAUCUCAAAAUGUGUGCUCUAAUUUUAGAAAUCUCUCAUCACUAUUGCUUGUGGAAAGCAGUUCAGUGAUCAACUUUUGCAAGUUUGUGUUGUUCAUUUUAAGUUACCGAAGUUGUGGGCAUCUUUUCGUGACAUUUAAAGCACUGUAUAGAUAGCUAGCUAGCUGUGCUGUUUUUUGCACAUUCUUCACAUGUUUUACAGUAGGCAGUGCUUUUGUUUCAUUUUGUACAACGACUUUAGAAGCAUCUUUCUUGUGUUCAGCUGUGUACAGUAUUGUUUUUUAUUAAUGCUGUCACACUUCCGUGUUUUUGCUUUGGUAUGUUGACCUUGUUCCUGGUGACAUCAUUUAGGAGAAAUUUCCUAUUUACACAACUUAUUUUUGUUGCUUUUCUUUUUUACCUCAGCAGUUCAAAGUGUUCGUACUUGUACUCGUUUGUUUUUGCAUUCUUUCUGAGCAUUUUAUUCAUUGCCAGGGACCGCAGGAAACGUAAUAAAAGUUCUAUGAAUACAAAAUAUUUGCAAUGAACAUUUUCUGAAAGCUUGAGACAUGCCGAGCAGGGAUGAAAAACAUUGGUGCCACGGGAUUCACUUGGAACUAUGGUGGACAGUGUCUUUUGUGUCUGUGCUCUGAAUGCGUUGCUGCUCUCGGCAUCAUCAUCAAGGUAUUGAAGAAACACUAAGGAAAUACGUUGCAAACAGUUACAUUUCUAGAUUGCACUUCUAAUGCUAAAAAUUGGUCAGUAUGACUGUAAGUGGUGGUUUGGAAAACUUAAAAAAAUGCACUAACGAUUGUCGGGGCACUGUUGCGUCAAAAUUAGCCCGACCCCCCUCCCCAAAACAAACAAACAAAACAUUCUGCAGUAGCUUUCCAUAAUGUCGGAUUUUGUCAGAUGUUGAUUGCUGCUAGUCGUUUAUCAGUAAAAAUAGGCAUUGGUCUAUAUUAAAAAGUAAGCAGAAGAGCAAUCUAACCACUUGUGCAUACUCGACCUACUUCAAUGAGCCGCGAGGGCGAAAAUAUACUAUUACAUAAUAUUAUCGAACAUUAUAUUUUUAUUACUCGUGUUCGAUUUGAAAAUUAGCUAUGUGAAAAUUUUUGAAUAUUAGACUAGAUAUGAAUAUUCGAAACAAAUCGAUUAUAUUGCUGGCUGUGGUUCUUGGCGUUUUUUCUAUCUAUUCUAAGAAGGUGUAUGAUUUUGUGCUGAAUUUUAAGAUUUUAUGCUGCUGAUGAAAUUUUGCCUGUAAAAGAUGCUUAGCCACAAGGUGACAAAGCUGUGCAGGAAAGCCAGCCUUUCAGUAACAAGGGGCAUGGGUUUGCAAACAGCGAGGAUGCGCUCUUCUGCAGGUUCCACCCCCAAUUCUGAGGUUAAUCUUUACAGCAAAUGCGAUGAUUGGCGACUGGUACAGGGUCAAAUGCCUCUGAGUUUACCCGAAAUUUAUGCGGUAUAAUAAGGCUUAGACUGGCAAGAACAGACAGCUUGCAGAAAUUAUUCAAUUUUGCAAUAACAUGACCGAAACACACAAGAUUUUGGUAUAAUGGCUUACUGAUUAAUUUUUUUACCAAUAGCAAUGUAAUUGCUGUGUUCAAACAUGUUAAUAUAAACGAACUUGCUAAUAAAUGCAUGUGCAUAUAAUUAUUCGAUAUUCAAUGCUAAGUAUUCAUAUUCGAUUCGUAUUUGAAAAUGUUAAUAUUCGCACACCCCUACAUAAUAUGCAUUGCAGAGACAUCAUAGACGCCGUGGUAUAGCUUAAAAUUUGAAGUAAGAGUAGGCCUUUAUGCCUCCUCAUAAAUAUUAACAUGUUACACUGCCAAAGAAGUGAAAGUUUAAAGGUAUCUAUAUAAAGAUGAGAGCAUUUUUCCUUAGCGCCUCUUUAUAUGUGAAGAUGAAAGCUGCUGUGGCCACUUUUGAGUGUCUGUGCUAUUGCAGUACUGUUAAAGGGCCCUGAACCACUUUUUAUUGAAGUUGAGAAAUACUUUGCUGCAAAAAGUACUUCAAUGAAUUCGGCAGAAGCGGAGUUAUUGGCAAUCAAUCACAGCCUCCGCUGAGCUCCUGCCCCUUCUUCAAUGCCUUGCACUACGAAGGCUAUGGCGGAGUGGUGUGUGCCCACAACGCUCUGCCUUCUAAAUGUCACCAUGGCGCACAGUUCAAAUUUCAUUUUGGAUGUUAGUGUAGAUGCCACAACUUCUGAUCUUGGUCCCUACGACACGCUAAAUGCAAGCCAAAUGUGGUUGUCCUCAGCGAGCCACAAUGUGCUUAGCCAGUGGACUCGUGGCAGCACCCCACGGCAGCCGUGGUAUCUACACUACGUAGCAUACUGCAGCUACCAGUAGCAACCACAUAUGGGAAUCUGCUUUAUUACGAAAUAAAUCGUACAGAACAGAACGAGGAGCAGGCUUCUGCUGAACAGAGCGUUUGAGAAAAAGGUGACUUCGUGCUCUGCUUGCGAGCUCCAUGCACUGCGUACGACAGCAAAACUUGGCUGAGAUGUUCACAGCAGCGUAUGCUAACCGUGGACUGUUAUUUCACCAGGCCUGAGGGGUGGUUCAGGGCCCCUUUAAUGGUUGAAUUUCUCUGCCAAGCAGUAUGUGAAUGAAUUUCUAUUAUGUGAUAUGAGCUUUCACAAAAUUUUGGAAAAAACAUUUCAUGUAGUGCACAAAACUGACUUCACACACCUAAACCACCAGAUCCUGGACUGCUGUGUAGAAAUAGGAAAGCAAACUAGUUCUGUCGGGCUUGCUCAACUGAUCUGUGAACUGUGCAGCAAGACAGUAGCAUUACAGGUACUGUUCUGUAUGAAGAAUUAACCAAAAUAUCAGAGCUCAAAGCAAUCAGGUUCAAGCGUGCUUGUUGUGCUGCCUGCAAUGACAUGGCAAGUAGCGAACAUUACAGCCGAGGUCAGCCAUUCAGGUCACAGACAUUCAAGAAACUGUCUCGCUCCUUCACUGCCAGUCAUUAGCUCGAUCCAGUCAUUAGUCAGUGUCCCAGUCAUGAAUGAGUCUACUUGUGCCAAGUAAAAGGGGGAGAAAUUUCUGCUCAUCUCUGUUUUUGUGGGUUUUGUUAUCGAGCGGUGCUCUGGUAACUGCAGUUUAAUGUCUUUGUCACUAGCAUUGCCACUGCCACAUAGAUGCGGAGGACUUUGGCACUGUUUUACAGUGGGCUUGCAAAUUUGGCAAGUGUUAACGCAAUUCUCGCUGAUCAGAUCAAAUUGUCAAAAGUUGUGCAGCUAGUGCUGCUGAUUCGGAACAUGGAAUACAGCACGUAUUUUGUAAAUUUUGUUUAGAAAAUGCAAUUUGUAGUAAUCUUGUAGCUGAGAGCUCUUUAUUGUAAUAGUGGAGAAGGCACCUUCUGCUGUGGUGGCUUGUUUUGGGCUGAAAGUUUCCUUUGUGGGGUGGUCCCUGAGCAGGCAGUCAUCUUUGUAGCUUGUCCUUUCUCAUACGAAGCUUAGCCGCUGUUCUGGCAAAAAAAAAAAAAAAAUGCAUUUAAGGAGCUGUAGAAAAAGUUUGCACAUUUAAACUGCAUAAUUGCAAAGAGAUGUUGGAGUAUUUGACCUGUUAGGCAGGCUGAAAUGUUUCAUCUCUUUGGGGACUGCUUUUGACAUCAGAGUAGUUUGCAGUCCUUGAGCAUGCUUUACCAUGAUACAGUACGCAAAAUAUGGUACAGAUUCUUGCUCUCGAGUUGUCUUCAAUCCCUACGGAAUUUUACUUGGGGGAAAGCAAAGCCACCCCAAGUGACUUUGUAACAAUGGCAUAUGUCUGAAAUUAGCUGUGAUUGCACAAAAUAAGUAAAAAAGAAAUUAUCAGCUUCUUAUACCACCUUAUGUUGUUUGUUGUUAUUAUUAGAAUCAUGUAAACAUAUAUAAACACCACAUAGAAAGAGAAGCAAGCUAGCAAUAGUCUCCUAAAAGGGACACCAUGCCAACCCACUUGAACAGGAGAGAGAAAAGAGAAAUGGAAGAGGAAGACUGUAAAUUGCUUUGAAGUGCAAGGAAUUUGUACUCCACCUUUCUUACUUCAAAGUUCAGCAAACUCAGUAGUCGUGCAACUAAGCUUCACGAGAAAAUCGACCUAUCUAUGCCAGCAGGCGCGGAUAUGCGAAUUGUGAGGGUGAAAGCGAAAGGGCAUGCUGACAUUGGCUUAGGUGUGUUCAAAUACAAUAAGAGGGUAUCUUGUGGCUUUAAUCCCAGUGGGCCGAUUCACCACAGCAAUGUACAGCUUUGCAAUGCAAAUGCAGAUUCCUGGGGGACACAUCUGGCCCUUUCGUGUAUUGCAUAAAGCCUACAUAUACAUAUGGUUGCGUUAUGCACUGUUAGUUUGCAUUAAAAUACUAAUACCAUUUCUUUGUCAAGUUUUCAGUUGCCAAAAGGCUUCCUGCAUUAUAUUUAUCAAAGUGUGGCACUUAUUGCGACUACCUUUAGCGAGGGUUGUGCUUUGCCCAGUUGCUGGAUUAGUCUUCUGCCAAUGUGGUGAUCUCCACUUGAUUUGAAUGUUUCGCAUGGCAAUCUGUGAGAAGCAUUUGUGAUAAAUUAGUGCGCUAUCAUGUGAAGAAAGUGCUCAGGUUUGCUAAUUUCCCCUACAGUCGUGGUGCCUUUGUGCCGUAGGCAAAAAAGAAAAAAAAAGAUGCGCCUUCUCAGUUCUGCUAGAUCAGGCAUUGCUGCCCACUGCAGUGGAGUUUGUGAGGGACUUGUGUGCUUGUGUGACUUAUGGACACCUGGAAAUGCCUUGAAUUAGUGCGACAUUUGAGCUUUUCGAACUGGUAGUAGAGUACUAUAGAGGAAAUGGGCUUGAUUGACUUUUAUGCAUGAAAUCGUAAACCCCAAGUAUUCGUGUACUUUGCAUCAUGUCGGUGGGUGAUGGUGCCUGGUAUUACUAGCUCUUGCAGCUAAGUUAUGAGCUUUUUCGUGCUCAUAUUUCGCAAAGAAGUUGCAUUUCAAGGUUGACUUUGUAUAAUGCAAUACUCGGAUUUAUUAGGUACAGUACUCGGAUUUGUUUGCUCGGGCGCAGUACUUGAUUGCAUCAGGAUUAGAUUAGAAGUAUGUCUGCUAGGUGGGAUGGUGGCACCGUCUGACCUAGAAGGGCAAAACACUAGUCACCGAGACAACUGGAUACGCAUAGCUAAUCCUUUCAGGCCGCAGCUUGCAGGUUUUCUCAGUGGAAAGAACAGGGACAUUUUUCAAAAUCUGGUGUUGCCGCUGAUGUGUGCUUCUGGUUCAUUCAGGAUGAAACACGUGAGCACUGCGUCCAAGCAUGACGAUACUGAACAAAACACAGUGCGACAUAAGACCGUUCUACAAAAUUCGAGCGCGAGUUAGUCACGAGUUCAGCCAGAAGAGCCAUUAAUACUGGGCUGCCUUGUCGACAUGGUAUUGCAUACCAAGAUUUUCCCAAAGCGGCACACCUAUUGCAUGGAAUUUGGUUUCAAGUGUUCGAGAGACACUUGAGGGGUGCACUGGCUGACCAUCACGUGUGAAAUAAUUUCAUGUAAGUAAAUUCAGGCGUGUGGUCGGGUACUCUUUUGAAUGUUUGUACCAUAACGAAAUGGGCAUAUUUGUGUGUUAGCGCCUAAAUGAGCAAGACACUGCACUCUUAAUUCUCUCGAACAGCGUCAGCCGUGGAGCACCUUGUUAGAUGGUGUAGCAUGAUGAACAUGCUCUCAUUACAUCAACGUACAGUAAUUACAUAAUGUUUCAGAGGCAGAGUUCACUUGUGCAGUGUGGACAUCAUUGCAUGGUUUGUAAAGAGUUGUUCAAGGUUGGCCAGUAGUUUUGCCUAAGAAGGUAUACGAAUAGAAGCACUGCGAGGAAAUUUUUGGAUGUUGUAAAAUUAUCCUUCAGCAUUUAUGUGCUUGUGAUUAUGAUGCCGCAAGUGGUGUGCUGUCGUAUUUCUAACAAAAGACGAUGUCAUACAGCUGACUUUCCAAGUGGACUGUGCUUAACGAGGCCGUCAUGUACACGAGUGUGUGCAUGGUUUUGGCAUUUGAAGAGUGGGAGGCAAUAAGUAAACUGCAGGCAUGUUCAUAUUGCCACAAAAUGUCAUGGGCUGCAGCAGCUACCUGGUUCCUUUUACACCGCAGGAACUUAAAAAAAAAGUUGCCAAAGUUAUGGCAGCAGUGCCAAAACGUAGAUGAUACAAACUUGGGGAAAAAUCGACCUAAUUCUAUAGCUGCAGCAGAUUUUGCCAUCUACAUAAAAAUAGGUCCUGGUCAACCUUGAACAACUUUUGUGCUUCUACAUCUGUUGAGACAUUUGCUGCCACCUCUUAACAUUAUUCAGUGGAGUUCCUUGUAAAACAAAUCGUACUGGAAAAAUCCAAGGCAUGCGGCUCUAGACCUGAACUUGUGUUCAAGAAGCGUGCUUUUUCUUUCUUUUUUUUUUUUUUAUCAAGUGGCUACAUGUGGGUGUUCAGUACAGCUGGUGGACAUAUUUGAUUCAUUGUACUUUCAAUGAAGUGCAGAGCUCUUCUUAAUUUUGUGUAUUUAUAACAAUGCCACAAAUUAUCUGUGCUGGGUAUGUGCAAAUAUUUGGAGUACUUCAGUGCAAAAUCUUAUAGUCAUACUGAAUGCAGCCAUCGAAUCAAAAAUAUGUUCCUUGACUGCUGCAACAUUUAUAUUAGAAUGUCACCCAGAUAUUGAUUGGUAAGCUAUUCUUGUGCGACUAUGCCACAGUUUACUGCCAGACAGUUCUAAUCAUCAAAGACAUGCUUUCACCCUGAAAUGUGUAAAAUUAAGGCAUAGCAAGCAAUGGUUUUGAUACCAAAGCUCUCCAGUUGCUCUUUCUUUAUAGUGUCUGUACCACAUUUUUGAAAUAAAGGUUCAGUGGGCAAGAGCUAAUUGCUUGACUCGGAAAUUGAAGUGCUGUAACUAAAUUUCCUUGCAAUGUUUUUACUCCUCUGAUUUGCUAGAUGUAAUGACAAAACCUAUGACAUUGCCACAGUAUCUGCACACCUUUGGCACAUGCCUCCUUUGAAGGCUCCUGCACAGCACUGUUCACUGUGCUCGCAUCAAAGUGUCGCUUUGAGAGUUAGGACGGGGAAAAAAAAAAUGUACAUGAGCUCUGCUGCAUUGCAACUAUCGCCAGUGUGAACGGACAAUAAACUACAUUUUUGCAGCUUUCUCUACCA